CAAAAUUUUUGGGCUGAUUUAUUCAUCCGUGGAUCCGGUUUUUGCGCUCCCCCUCUUCUCCUUCCUCCUGCCCACUUCCCUCUCUCUUAUAACGUUUCUGUUUCAGCUUUUCCUUCCUUCCGCUCCUCUGUUUUUUCCUUGUCAUUGUCACUCUGACUCCCACCAAAGCUUUUUUCUCUUCUACCUGCAAAUUCAUCCAAAAGCGUUUCCGUUUCCCAACAUGGGCAAAGACUGGUACUGGGGUGGCUCCUCCAAACGCAGCAAAAAAAGAGUUGAUGACCGCGGCGGCGGCGGCGGCGACGGAGCUGGUAGAAGUGAGGCUAGCGCCGGCGGCGUCCCUUCCGGUUGCAUGUGUGCUGUGUUCCAGCUGUUUGAUUUACCAUUCGCCACCGCUCUCAACCAGCGCCCUUCUUUCCACUUCCCCCGCCACCCUCCCCCCGUUCCCAAAGGCGCUGAAGCGCCGAGGAACAGCUUGGAAAUGACGGACGAGGAGGAAGCUUCAGUACCAUUAGCCGCUAAGCAAGCACAGAAUUUAAAUAUCCCGAUGGGCAUUCAAAUCAAGACGACCCGAAAAGGAGAACCCGGAACCCGACUGGGAUCAGGAUCGGAUUCAGAAACGGCGGCCUCUUCCCCGGCGACGAAGACUCCGACUCUGGUAGCCAGAUUGAUGGGACUCGACCUCCUCCCGGAAAACCACUCUCCACGCUCCUCUGCAUCCUCUGCCACCACGCCGUAUAUCAACGGCGGGAAGCUCUCCCAAUUGCGUCCCCUGCAACACCAGAAGCAGCAGGGAAGGCAACAACAACAACAGAGCUCCCACUACAGCCACCACCGGAGAAGCUUCGACUGCCACGAAUUGGGCGGCGGCGCGCCGAGAAUUUCCUCGGCGAGGAACUCCGACGCGGACCACUACCACCACCGGCUGUCGCUCCAGCUCAACAAGGAGAACAUGACGCCUAGCGAGGAGCUGGUCAUCUCGCGAAUCAAAGCGCGGCUGAAGGGGAGGGAAUUGAAGCCGGAGGAAGAGACCAGAAGUCCGCGGCAGUACGCGAAGCAGAUUGUAAAGCAGGUGAAAGAGAGCGUCAGUAGGAGAGUCGGUUUGGACAUUACCAACACCGUUAAAAACAGAGAAAACCAGGAGAAACGCGGCGGCAGGAGGGAUAGCGACCUCGUCGCCCAAAUCAAGUCGAAGAAGAAGAAAGUUCUGCCGAGAGUCGCCGAAGAGGAGCCCGUGGAUUUGUUUCCCGUGGUCAAGCAGCAGAACGAAAAGCCUAAAUCGGUACAUUACAGAAAGGACCACCACGUGCUCGACGAAAUGCCUCAGUCAAGAAAACAGUCAUUUUCCACGGCAGAGGCGAUGAUCAGCAACCCUACGACGCCAGUCCAGAAAAUUAACGUAGCGGUGAAGCCGAGGCAGGGAGGUAUGAUAUCGUUGCAAGAGAAAGAGCAGCCGGCGGUGGAGAGGAAGAAAAGCCGAGAGAAGAGAAUGCCUCCGCAAACGUCGGAUUUAAUCCGGAACAAGAAAGAGGAGCCGUUUGUGCGUCCGACCACCGCAACCAGAGGCGGGAAUAUUCCCGACAAGAGGUGCAGGAAGACGCCGUUAUCAAGCGAGCUCCCUUCACUCAUUCUUCCGGUCAAGAAGGACCCCGCCCCUCCGGCGACCAAGCUCCUCUCCCUCUCCCCCCAAAAACAGGUGGGGUUGAGUAACGCUCAAGAUUCGAGACGGUCCUCUUCUCCUUCUUUACAGUUACCUAGUAAUCCGAGCCAUACGGCGUCGUACAGGCUGCGGCAAGAGGAAGCGACCCGAUCGGUCCCCUCUCAAGAGAACAGUCACCAGGACAAUGACGCCGCCGCCACCGCCGAAGCAGCGGCGGAGGAAGAGUACAUCACCAGAAUCCUAAAGCGUACGGGAAUCGAAAGAGACACCCAUGUCUCCUUCACCAACUGGUUCUCCCCAACCCACCCGCUCGACCCGACAAUCUUCUACCACCUGGAGCACAUCACCACCGCCACCACCACGCCGCCGCCGGCCUCCGGCCACGUCAUCCCCCCUUACAACCGGAAGCUAAUCUUCCACCUCGUCGAUGAAAUCCUCGCCGGGAUCCUCAAGCCUUACAUGAACGUCGUGCCCUGGACCACGGCCAGGAGCUCAGACAUACUCAACAAUUCGGAUCGGAGCGUGACCGGGUCGGAUCUGGUGGAAGCGCUGUGCAAGAGAAUAAGAAGCUUCCCUAGCGCGGACUGUCAGGUUCUGGAAGACAUCGAUGCCCUGAUCGACAAGGACUUGUCCGAUCGUCCGGAGCUCCAGUGGCGAGAAACGGCGGUGGUGGAGGAAGAAGAAGGGGAAGGGAUCUUAACGGAGGUGGAAACCGAGUUGUUGGACUCGCUGAUCCAUGAAACGGCCCUGGACAUUAUCCUAAAGGCCCAACCCAACACCAUCAGCCCGUUUUUGGGCUUCGGCGCGGGGAGCAGGAGGUCACAUGGGGGGUCACGUGAUGGCAGAGAGAUGACGACCACCGACCCCAAGAUUGGGAUUCGUGGAGCCUCUUAGAUGCUUACACGUGGAGGCCGCUUCCCUUACACGUUUCGGUCUCUGAUUGGCGGCUUAUGAAAGACGACAAUUGGACUGAAAGAGGAAUCUCAUUCCUUGUCUCCCCUUGCUCAUUCUAAUUUGUAUAAUUACUUAAUUAGUAACUAACUAAUUACUUAAUUAUAGUUACCCAUGCCCUAUUUUUGGGGGUUAGGGUCUCUAAUUGUAACUUUUUGAGCUGUUGGAUUUGGAAUUUUGUAAAGUGGAAGCGCAGAUUAAGAGAAAAGAGAAGGAAUUGGUUUUGAGUGUUAAUUGGACUUGGGUUGGUGUGAGCUAGGCGUUUUGUGGUCUUCUAGAUGGCGAAAAUACAUUGAGUUUUGUGGUGUAGUUAAUUGACACAUUUAAC